AUGCCGUUCCCAUCGUCGAGGCGGUACCGUUGCCCUUGCCUCCCCUCCCAUCGACGCCUAUUCGUCGCCCUCCCUUCCCCUUACCUUCGCGCUCGCUUCCCCUGCCCGUCGCGCUCCCGUCUCCUGCCCGUCGCGCACCCUGCCCCGCUCCCUCGCUUCCCCUGCCCGCCGCGCUUCCUUCUCCUGCCCGUCGCGCUCCCUUACUCUGCCCCGCGCCCUCGCUUCCCUUGCCCGUCGCGCUCCCUUCUCCUGCCCGUCGCGCUCCCUUCCCCUGCCCGUCGCGCUUCCUUCUCCUGUUCGCAUCGCUCCCUUCUCCUGUUCGUCGCCCUCCCCUGCUCGUCGCGCUCCCUUCUCCUGUUCGUCGCGCUCCCUUCUCCUGUUCGUCGCGCUCCCCUGCUCGUCGCGCUCCCUUCUCCUGUGCGUCGCGCUCCCUUCUCCGGCCCGUCGCACUCCAUUCCGACACAAGGCAAGCAUGUGCACCAACCAUCCUCCCACAGAUCCAAUCAUGCCUUGGGCAACUGCCAUGGGGAACCCGGCCGCGCCCGCACCCUCACCGCCGCCCUCCAGGAGCACAGCCAGCCGGGCGGCACACAUGCCAGCUGGCAGGAGCAGUGCCUCACUGACACAUUGAUUGGCACCCUGCUCAUUCGCCCGGGGGAGAGCAUGAAGGGGGGGAAUGGGAGGGAAAUGGGGGGGGAGAAAGGGGAGGGGAUGGGGGGAGGAAGUAGGUAUGGGCCAGGGGGUGAGAUGGGCGGCGUGGGGUGGGCACUCCCAGGUGGGAUGGGCGGUCCCAGGUGUGCAUGUAAGGGUUUUCCGCAGCAAGGGCCUUUCUGCCUUCCCGCCUCUCUGCACCCCCCCAUUCCACCCCAACCUCCUGCCACGCACCUCACCUCAUGCACUCCCUCCCUCCCUUUCCCCCCUGUCUUUCCCUCCGUUUCCCCCCUUGUCUCUCCCUCCCUUCACCCUUGUCCUCCCCUCCAUUUCGCGCCUGGUACCUCCCUCCCUUUCUCCCUGCCUCCCCAUGUGCCUUACUAUGUGCCUCAAUCCGCGUUUCCCCUCUGCCUUUCGUCGGCCCUGUCCGUUGGCACCUCCUCAGUCGUGCGCCUCCCCACCACCUCCCCAUUCCCAGCCACCCUCUGUCCCCCAUCGUUCUGCCCAUCUCUCCGCGUGACUGCCCGGGUGGGUGUGGGGAAGAUGGCGAGUCAGGUGGAGCGUUGA